GAACUGGCCUUGAUUGACUUGGAACAAGGACAGAUUAUGCCAGCCUCUGUGGAAGGAAUAUUCCCCAUUACGUUCCCCUAUGUUGGAACUAGCAAAUUGCAAGCCCAAUGGUGGAACGACAUCAUAGCUUGCUCUGAGCAAUCAACGGACUGCUACCUUUGGAAAAAGGAGACCAACCAAUGGGACAACUUCCCCUCUUUGACAUAUAUUCAUGGUCAAGGAUCUAUGAGCGUGAUUGGAAGUAAGGUCAUCGUGAUUGGAGGAGAGGACAUCAUAGGCUCAAUUCAUGGACAAGUUGAGAUCUACGACAGAACUCAAGGUCAAUGGAUCUUAGGACCACCUUUGGCGCCCAUUCGCCGCAUACAUACGACGGUGGUCUUCAAUGACUCUUUGAUAGUUGUGGGUGGAUACAACGGAAAUAUGAUCACGUCAGUCAAAAUCCUGGAUCUCCACACCUUGUCUUGGAAAGACCUUGAUGAUCUUCCAAUCGGGAGAUGCGAAAUGCCAUGCAAUGUGAUCAACAACAACUACAUCUUGUGUAUUGGAGGAGAAGAACCUGGAACGAUGGCUCAGAGUGCCUUGGGGUUGGAUAUGUCCUUGAGCAACCCUGUUUGGGAAAUGAAACCCAUGUAUGACUUGGAUGAACCCGUCCGGACUGGAUUUAUUUUCCAUUUGAAUGAAUACCUCUUUUGCAUGACUUUAAGGAAAGCAAAUUAUGAGUCCGCAAGGACAUUGAGAAGGAUGAAUUUGACAAAGGAAAAUCCAACUUGGGAAGUGCUAGCAAGCUAUCCAGACUCAUCCUUUGUUCAUGUGUCACCAUAUGUUUUCACGUUGUAUAAGAUUCAAACUUGAAUAUGUCAUGAAGGUCUGUAACUACGUUCCGAUAUAUUGCAAAGGAAUACACAUUGCUGU